AUGCUUGAGAGCCAAGGUCGACCGACCACCCCAAGCGGCAGCCGCCUCCGCGACUUUGCCGACCUCGCCCUUCGUCCCUCACGUCGCAGCCACAGUCGCAGCCGACACUCGAGCACUUCGAGCGGCGAAUCUCUCACAGCAGCGCCUGUCCACUCGAGCUCGCCAAAACCCGAGUCGCGCCUCGCCAUGCCGUUCCGCAAAAUGGCCCGCCACUUUGGCGACUCUCUUUCGCCGCAUUCAACCGUCCUGUCGUACCACGACAUCACUCAACAUUGCUUUCUGGGAAGAGUUCGUCACAUCGCCACGGCGCGCCUGUACCCCCCUUCUGACCGUGACAGAUACCUCGAACGCGAACUGCUUCCCAAGUACCCGCAAGCCCGCAUCAUCCUUUUGCGCCCCUCCAUGACAUUCCUCCUCAUGAAGGAACCCGAUAUGCGCGCCAUUCGAUCUGCGCUGCCUGACUUUUCCAAGGUCACCCACAUCUUCCUUCCAAUCAACGACGCUCGCAACGUUGCACAGGCCGAGGGCGGUUCGCAUUGGUCCCUGCUCCUCGUAUCGGCUAUUGACGGUGUCGCGUUUCACUAUGAUUCUCUCGGCGGCGCGAACUAUCAGGAAGCUCGUCUCGCCACUCGCAAAAUGUCCGAGAUCCUUAAUCGUCCGUUGCGCUUCCUCAACCUCGAAGACUGCCCGCAACAGGAGAACGGCUCUGACUGUGGCGUCUUCGUCUGCAUCCUGAUGCGCCACCUGCUCGUCAAGCGGCUGCUCAGCGCUAACGCCCGCGAGAAGGUCAGCAUGAGCAUGGGCAAUAAGAUGAUUGACAGCCACGGUGGCAGGAAGGAAAUGUUAAAGAUUAUCGAAAGUUUCCGUAAGGAAGGCGAGAGGAGACGAUCAAGAAGCGCAUCGCCCUAUUCUUCCAAGACACCGCCGCGAAUCGAGUAA